UGGUCGGCCAGAGGAGGCGGGCGCUCCGGCUCCGGCUCGCGGCUCCCGGUUCCGGCUCCGGCGCUCGCGGAGGCCCCGAGAUCCGACCAUGCACCGGCGCUGCGCGGCUGUGGCGGGGACGCGGCUUGUCCGGAGCGGGAGCGGCGCGGCAGGCCGGCUCCUCGGGGCGGCGGAAGCUACGGCCUCCGGAAUGGGGAACAGCACAUCGUCCUCUUCGGGGAAGUCAGCAACUGCUCCCGUGAACCAGAUUCAAGAAACAAUUUCUGACAAUUGUGUGGUGAUUUUCUCAAAAACAUCCUGUUCUUAUUGUACAAUGGCAAAAAAGCUUUUUCAUGACAUGAAUGUUCACUACAAAGUGGUGGAAUUGGACAUGCUUGAAUAUGGAAGCCAGUUUCAAGACGCUCUUUACAAAAUGACUGGGGAAAGAACCGUUCCAAGAAUAUUUGUGAAUGGAACUUUUGUUGGAGGUGCAACUGAUACGCAUAGGCUUCACAAAGAAGGGAAAUUGCUUCCACUAGUUCAUCAGUGUUAUUUAAAAAAAAGUAAGAGAAAGGAAUUUCAGUGAUGUAGGUACUCAUAACUUUGCUAGUAAAAUGUCAGUUAAAGUGAUAAUGCCUGAUGCCUUUUAAAUGUUUGAGCAUGUUUUAAAUAUAUGAAUUACCUUCAUGAAAAGAUAUAAAAAUAAUGAAUAAUAAAUUGUUGU